AUGCCGUUCCACAACAAGCCCGCCUUCGAUGACCUGCCCCUCGAUAAGACGGGUCCACCCGGUAAUGCAUGGGGAUUAUUUGGGCCCAACGACCAGUGUGGCAUGUUGAAUCUCCUCACCGCCGAUCGAACCUGUGCCGCCGCGAGCGAAAUCCGCGAUGGGGUUCGCAUCUCCACCGACUGGCCGUUGGAUCGCAUUUCCACGCCCGCCUUCAAUCGGAUCCCGUUCACCCAGACCAUCUCCAACAUCGCCCCCACCUCUGUCAACGAUGACAUCCUGCACUUCAACACCCAGGCCAGCUCGCAGUGGGACGGGUUGCGGCAUUUUGGCUACCAGAAACAGCGACUGUAUUUCAACGGCCGUACCCUCGACGACAUUCUGACCACCAAAGUCAAUGGGAUUCACGCAUGGGUGGAAACCGGUGGCAUCAUCGGGCGGGGAGUCCUGUUAGAUUAUGUCGCUUGGGCGGAGGCCAACCAUGUCCCUGUGAAGCCUUUCACGACCCAGUCAAUCACAGUCGCUGUUCUUGAGGAAGUCGCCCAGGCCCAGGGUACGGAUUUGAGGCCUGGUGAUAUCCUGUUCAUCCGAGCAGGCUGGGGACGGGGAUAUGCAGAACUAUCUCAAGACGAAAUCUCUACGCUGGCCGAGAUCCCCACACCUCCAGCUAUCGGGCUCGAGUCCUCGGAGGCCACCCUCCGGUGGCUCUGGGAUAAGGAGUUUGCCGCUGUCGCUAGUGACACCCCGAGUCUCGAGGCCUGGCCGUGCCAGGACUCCAAGUACUGGCUUCAUGAGUGGCUGCUGGCCGGCUGGGGGCUUCCGAUCGGGGAGAUGUUCGAUUUGGAGCUGUUGAGUGUUGAGUGUCGCAAGAGGCAGCGCUGGUCAUUCUUCUUCACCAGCGUUCCAUUAAAGGUCCCCGGAGGAGUGGCUAGCCCGCCAAAUGGAGUUGCCAUCUUGUAG